AUGGUUUCAAGUGCGAGAAGCUGUAGAACUCGUUGCGAUGAAAGCCGAUUUCUUCUAACUUCUUUUCCCCCUUCCUCUCUGUCGCGCGCGGCUGCAGGUCGCCUGGUCGGCGCCCUGGAUGCGGUGCUCGAUUCCAACGCCCGGGUUGCUCCGUUUCGGAUCCUACUCCAAGUUCCCGGAUCGCAAGUGUACUCUGCCAUAGCAUGUGGUGCCACCGUAGAGGAGAUAAACCAGCACUGGGAAUGGCUGGAACAAAACUUGCUCCAUACUCUGUCUGUGUUUGACAAUAAAGAAGAUAUUGUUAGUUUUGUCAAGGGGAAAGUGAAGGCUCUGAUUGCAGAGGAAACCAGCAGCAAACUGGCUGAGCAGGAGGAAGAUCCUGAAAAGUUCCGAGAAGCCCUGGUGAAAUUUGAAUCCAGAUUUAUCAAUCAUCUCUGUUUUUAUUCCUUCUUCCUGGGCAAAGAGUUAAAACUUGUCAUUCCUUGGGUUGAGGUCCAGAAACUGGAAAGAACCUCCAACGUCUUCAUGGCCGAUACCGUCCGCGUCACCACUGCCAACAAAGAGCGGGAUUUCUCCACGUUCCUCAAUAUCGCGGAGGCCUUCAGGAUAAUGGAGCAGCUGGCGGAUGUCACGCUCCGAAGGCUGCUAGAUAAUGAGGUCUUUGAGCUGGAUCCAGACCUGCAGGAUCCGACUCAGAUUACGAAGAGGGAUCUUGAAGCCAGAGCGCAGAACGAAUUCUUUCGGGCUUUCUUCAGAUUGCCCAGGCAGGAGAAGCUCCAUGAAGUUUUGGACUGUUCUCUGUGGACACCGUUUAGCCGCUGUCACACGGCAGGAAGGAUGUAUACGUCAGACACAUAUAUAUGUUUUGCCAGCAAAGAAGAUGGCUGCUGCAAUGUUAUCAUCCCACUUAGAGAGGUAAUCACCAUAGAAAAGAUGGAGGACACAAGCCUGCUUCCUAACCCCAUCAUUAUUAGCAUAAGGAGCAAGACUGCCUUCCAGUUCAUUGAGCUGAAGGACCGGGAUACUUUAGUGGAAAACUUGCUCCAGAGGCUAAAAGAAGUGAACUCCUGCAACCCAGCGCACUGUAACAACUUGAAAAAUAGGAAUCAGAACACUCCCGUGUUUGGGUCAACGUGUGUGUUCAGGGACUGUGAGUCUGGGGACGUGGGAAGAGGGGACAAAAGUGAAUGCGAAAAGGAGAGCAGUUACUUGCUCAACGCAGAAGCACUAAGAUCAGACUUUCAUCAGUCGGGAGGGGCAGGCCUUGACUUUGGAAAGUCUAGGGAGCAAAUAAAAGAGAGUCUGUGGGAUGACCACUUUGCUGAGUAUGGCAGAACCGUGUGCAUGUUUCGCACGGAGAAGAUCAGGAAGCUUGUGGCUAUGGGAAUCCCAGAAUCCCUAAGAGGCCAACUCUGGCUGCUCUUUUCAGACGCUGCGACCGACCUGGCUUUGCACCCUGGCUACUACGCGCACCUGGUGGAGGCCUCCCUGGGCAGGUGCUGCAUGGCCACGGAGGAGAUCGAGCGUGACCUGCACCGCUCGCUGCCCGAGCACCCGGCCUUCCAGAGCGAGACGGGCAUCGCGGCGCUGCGCAGGGUGCUCACGGCCUACGCGCACCGCAACCCCAGGAUCGGCUACUGCCAGUCUAUGAAUAUUCUGACCUCCGUGCUGCUGCUGUAUGCCAAAGAGGAAGAAGCGUUUUGGCUGCUGGUCGCUGUGUGCGAGCGAAUGCUGCCAGAUUACUUCAACCACCGAGUGAUAGGUGCCCAGGUAGACCAGUCGGUAUUUGAAGAGCUCAUAAAGGAGCAGCUUCCCGAGCUGGCGGAGCAUAUGAAGGACCUGACUCCACUAGCUUCCAUUUCUCUCUCGUGGUUCCUUACCCUUUUCCUCAGCAUCAUGCCCUUGGAAAGCGCCGUGAACGUGGUGGACUGCUUCUUCUACGACGGGAUCAAAGCCAUUUUUCGGCGCGCCGCGCGGCCCCCGCCUCAGCACGUGGAGCAAGAGCGUGCUGCCAAGUGUCCUAUAUUGCUUGUAUUUGUUCCCUCUAGGUUUUUAGAGCGUGUUAAAAACGAAGAAAGUCCUCUGCCACCUAUUGGUAACCACCAUGCAUUUUUCAGUGAUGAUCAGGAAGCCUCUCCUGUGACUGAAAUAGCUAACCUAAUUCAUGAUUCCUAUGAGAAAUUUGGAGACCACUCUGUGGAACAGAUAGAGCACAUGCGCUACAAACACCGAAUCCGUGUUCUGCAAAGCCACGAAGACACAACCAAGCAAAACGUGCUCCGAGUUGUCAUCCCAGACGUUUCGCUUCUUCCUGAAGAUUUAGAGGAACUGUAUGACUUGUUCAAGAGAGAGCAUUUAAUCCGGUGCUACUGGGAGGCGGCGAGCGCGGCGGCCGAGCGCCACGACCCGAGCAGGCCGUACGCCGAGCAGUACCGGAUAGAUGCCCAGCAGUUCUGCAGCCUCUACAGGCUCCUCUCGCCCUGGACCUGCGGGGAACACACCGACGUCCUCGCCGAGAGGAUGUUCCGGCUCCUGGAUGAGAACAGGGACCAUCUCGUGGAGUUCAAGGCGCUCGCCAGCUGCCUGGAUGUUAUGUAUAAUGGAGAAAUGAAUGAAAAGAUAAAGCUAUUGUAUAAGCUGCAUAUCCCACCUGCUCUCACAGAAAAUGAGAGAGACUGCCAGUCACCAUUAAAGAAUCCUUUGCUGUCAACUUCAAGACCACUAGUUAUUGGAAAAUCAAAUGGAGAUGCAGUAGAUUACCAAAAGCAGUUGAAGCAGAUGCUUAGGGACCUAGCCAAAGAAAAGGAUACUAAAACUGAAAAGGAAUUGCCAAAAAUGAGCCAGCGGGAAUUCAUUCAAUUCUGCAAAACCUUGUACAGCAUGUUUCACGAGGAUCCAGAGGAGAAUGACUUAUACCAAGCCAUUGCCACUGUGACGACGCUCCUGCUUCAGAUCGGAGAAGUGGGACAAAGGAGCAUCAGCCUGGGGAGCGGCUCGGAGGAGUUCGCUGAGGACGUGCAGCCCGAGGCCUCGGCUUUGGAGCCGGAUGCCGUUUUUACUGACACUGUGAAGUCCCCUCUCAAAGACCCUCAACCCUCACCUGUGACUGAGGGGGACUGGACUGUCUCUUUUGAACAUAUUUUGGCCUCCCUCCUGACCGAACAGUCCUUAGUUAAUUUCUUUGAAAGACCCUUGGAACUGAAGCCCAAGCUUGAGAACGCGAAGCUGAACCAGUACAGUCUCAAAACAACGGCCACGAGCUGCCCGGCCCGAGGGGAACACCCCAAACCGAGCACGCAGCAGUAG